UAGCACUCUUUCUUAUCGGGAAAUGCGCCAGGAUUAGUAUUGGCAUUGGUGAAGGAUCGUGACCACCACUUACAACUUCACGGCUCAUCUGUUCAGUGCUGAUCUGCUUCGAGCGCCUGUUUCAGCGCCUGUCAUGGCCUGUGGUUCCCGCGCUGACUGACUCCAUUUAGAUAGAACAAAGGCAGGCCAGCGAACUGCCGGAGCUACACUAUAUCGCCCAACCUCAACAACCGAACAAGUGGAUCUUGCAUUGCGCAUAGCUGAACUCAUCUGUCACUUGCUCGAUCCGAUCACCUAGCAGGCUAAAGCGCGCACCAUGGCGACGAAACGUAAAGCAGCGGCGUUGAACGCCGCUGUCGAUGAAGAACCGGUCGACCCAUCCGACGAGUUGGCAUUCUACUGUCUGGGAGGUGGCAAUGAAGUCGGACGGUCUUGUCAUAUCAUUCAAUACAAAGGAAAGACUGUCAUGCUCGAUGCUGGUAUGCAUCCCGCAAAGGAAGGCUUCUCCGCUUUACCUUUCUUUGACGAGUUCGACCUGAGUACGGUGGAUAUUCUACUCAUUAGCCAUUUCCACGUUGACCAUUCGUCGGCCCUACCAUACGUACUCAGCAAGACCAACUUCAAGGGUCGUGUAUUCAUGACGCACGCCACCAAGGCUAUCUACAAAUGGCUGAUUCAGGACAAUGUGAGAGUGAGCAACACGGCCUCCUCCUCGGACCAGCGCACUACCCUGUACACCGAACAUGACCACUUAUCCACGCUCCCCUUAAUCGAAACCAUCGAUUUCAACACAACCCACACCAUCAACAGCAUCCGCGUCACUCCCUACCCCGCUGGUCACGUCCUCGGCGCUGCCAUGUUCCUGGUAUCCAUCGCCGGCCUGAACAUCCUAUUCACCGGCGAUUACUCCCGAGAGGAAGACCGCCAUCUGAUCCCGGCGGAGGUUCCCAAGGGCAUCAAGAUUGAUGUGCUCAUUACCGAAUCUACGUUUGGUAUCUCGUCCAACCCGCCGCGUCUGGAACGUGAAGCCGCCUUGAUGAAAUCGAUUACCGGCGUCCUGAAUCGCGGAGGCAGGGUCUUGAUGCCGGUGUUCGCUCUAGGACGCGCCCAAGAACUUCUUCUUAUUUUGGAUGAAUACUGGGAGACCCAUCCCGAACUGCAGAAGAUCCCCAUCUACUACAUCGGAAACACAGCCCGAAGAUGUAUGGUUGUGUAUCAGACAUAUAUAGGUGCAAUGAACGAUAACAUUAAGCGGCUCUUCCGUCAGCGUAUGGCGGAGGCGGAGGCAAGCGGGGACAAGAGCGUUAGCGCCGGGCCAUGGGAUUUCAAGUUCGUUCGGAGUUUGCGCAGCUUGGAACGGUUUGAUGAUGUCGGAGGAUGCGUCAUGUUGGCUUCGCCGGGUAUGCUGCAAACAGGAACCAGCCGAGAGCUGCUGGAGCGGUGGGCUCCUAACGAGCGCAACGGUGUUGUCAUGACCGGUUACAGUGUGGAAGGCACGAUGGCGAAACAGAUCCUGAACGAACCCGAACAGAUCCCUGCGGUCAUGUCGAGAGCAACGACAGGAAUGAUGAGGCGAGGCAAUGCUGGCGGCGAUGAGGAGCAAAAGGUCAUGAUUCCCCGCCGGUGUACUGUGGAUGAGAUCAGUUUUGCAGCACAUGUGGACGGCGUCGAAAACCGGAACUUCAUUGAGGAGGUUUCCGCCCCUGUCGUGAUCCUGGUCCAUGGCGAGAAACAUCAGAUGAUGCGCCUCAAGUCCAAACUGCUCAGUCUCAACGCAGAGAAGACCGUCAAGGUGAAGGUCUACACCCCGGCGAACUGCGACGAGGUCCGCAUUCCUUUCAAGAAAGACAAGAUUGCAAAGGUCGUUGGUAAGUUGGCCCAAAUUGCGCCGCCCACGGAAGAGGAUGACGGUCACUUGAUGGCUGGAGUCCUCGUGCAGAACGGGUUUGACUUGUCGUUGAUGGCUCCUGAUGAUCUGCGGGAGUACGCCGGUCUGACGACAACCACCAUUGCAUGCAAGCAGCACCUCACGUUGAGCUCUGCAAGCAUAGAUUUGAUCAAGUGGGCGCUUGAAGGGACCUUCGGCGCCAUUGAAGAAGUGGGCGCUUCGCAAAAGGACAUUAAGAAAGAGAGCACAGACGGAACUUCCGAUUCGGAAGAAAGUCAAGUGAAGCAGGAGGCUGCCGAUGAGGAGAUCCCCAUGGAGGACACACAGACGUAUCUUGUUAUGGGCUGUGUGCUGCUGCGCUACCACCCUCGCACCCGGGAACUUGAGCUCGAGUGGGAAGGAAACAUGAUGAACGACGGAGUUGCGGAUGCUGUCAUGGCCGUGCUUCUCACAGUGGAAAGCAGUCCUGCAUCUGUGAAACAAUCUGCCAAGCAUAACCACCAUCACCACCACUACAACGAUGUUGACCGACUGCCCAACCCGCACUCUUACUUAGGGCCUGAGGAACGGUUCCGACGUCUCCUUAUGAUGCUCCAGGCACAGUUCGGGUCCGAAAUUGUGGCCAUCGAGCGGCCACGACUCCCUCCCAACCGGCUCACCAACGGCACGGCGAACCCUGAGACCAAGAGCGAGGCCGACGGCCAAACACCCAUCAAGCAAGAGGACGAAGAAGAAGAGGAAGAUGAUGAUGAGGAAGAGCUGGAGGAGUUGGAGGCCGCUGAGUUGGCACGUCUCGAGGCGCUGGGAAUCCCGUUCCCAGGUCUCGAGAUCAAGGUCGACAAGCAUGUUGCGCGGGUCUGGCUAGAGAACUUGGACGUGGAGUGUGCGAAUGCAGUGCUGCGGGAUCGGAUCCGCGUGGUCAUUGAACGGGCUGUGGAAACGGUGGCCAGCAUGUGGACGGAGAGUCCGGCUGCUGCCACCUUUGUCAAUGGGGAGGAUCGUUCCAUGGCGAAGGCUGCGGCUAUUGAAGCCAAGGCAUAAAUCCAAUUCAAGUACUUGUAUCUCGUGUUUGGGUCUGGGGAUAAAGCUGCCCCGGCGGAAUCUAGCUUAUGUUUAGCGAGAUCUCGAUUUAGUGAAAUACA